UCGAGGCGAGCGCGCUCCGGGAUUCGUCGAAACUCGUAUACACUUUUUUUCGAAUUCAGUCGGUCGCAUCUACGGGCACGAGAUUCGCCGGCGGAAUUUUUUAGAAAUUAAAUUUCGAGGAUUCCGGGUUUUGAGUGAGUUUGAGCCGAUGAAAAUUUAUGAGCCUUCAUUAUUUGUGGAGACAGUGAUGAGAUGCUGUAGACGAUCCGUCGCAUCGCACGGCUCAGACUCGAGUGAUUUCAGUGGAUUUGAUAUUUCGUGGUGAACAGUGGUUGACCCUCAUGACCCUUGAGCAGAUGAAAGAAAUAUUGGAGUUUAAAAUUUGAUCGUUAUCUACUAGAUUAGCUGAAUUUCUAGUAUCGUAAGCGAAAUUUCGGGAAUAUCUCCUUGAUAUUGUUAAUGUCAAUCAUUUGUUGAUGUGUUUUGUGCUGUGAGUGUGAUCGUUCUGGUAUAUCUGGAUUAAUCCGGCGAUUGGAGCUCUGAACAGAGCUCCAGUGAGUGUUGUUGGCCAGCGUGUGGGGAAUAUCAGCAAAAGUGGGUGCACUGGGGCCCUCGGGACUUUUCGAGAGAUUUGGGCCCAUUGAGGGACAAAUUGUGGGCCCACUGAACCUUGAUAGAGUGGGGGCAGGGGCGGCCGGUGCCGUGGCUGGGGAGGUGGAGGGGUACGGAGCCAGUACUGGGGGAGGUACCCCUGGGGUUGGCGCCAACAACAACCCCCGGAUUAGGGAGACAACCCUAGGGGGUCCUCGCUCCUGUGCUCCUCUUGCUCUCACCCAGGCCCAUAACAUUGGGAGGUGCAGCGGUCUGGCAAUGCUCCUGACCUGUGCAGGAUGCAGAAAGCCAAUUCUGGACAGAUACUUGGUGAAUGUGCUGGAGCGAGCCUGGCACACUGACUGCGUGAGAUGCUUCGACUGUCAGGUGGAGCUCUCAGAGAAGUGUUUCUCCCGAGACUCAAAGAUCUUCUGCAGGAACGACUUCUUCAGGAGAUACGGCACAAAAUGCAGUGGUUGUAUGCAAGGCAUAAGCCCCCAAGAUUUAGUGAGAAAAGCACGUGACAAGGUUUUCCACCUCAACUGUUUCACCUGCCUGGUAUGUAGAAAACAGCUGAGCACUGGUGAGGAGCUCUACGUACUGGAUGACAACAAGUUUGUCUGCAAGAAUGACUACCUGUCGGGAAAGCCCCUGCCGGACGCCCAUCACGCUCAUGGACAUCACGAAUCGCCGAUUCUGCCGACAGGUGGAGAUUCGCUGAUGGGGUCCGGAUCGGAGGAUGAGGACGAUGAUGGUAGUGGACAUCAUCAUCAUCAUGCAGGUGGUGGUGGACAUUUAGGGGGCCACGGCGUUGGCCCAGGCAGUGCUAGUGAUCAAUCGGUGGUUCACGGUGGUGAUCUACCCCUGGGGAGUGACUCGUGCAAGCAGGAGGACUCGGAGGAUCAAGGUUCAUUGGAUGGUGAUCCUGAGACGAGGGACAGUCAGACGGAGAACAAGAGUCCUGAUGGUGGGGCGGGGGGUGGUAGUGGUGACGGGGGUGCUGGCUCUAAGAGGCGGGGGCCCAGGACUACUAUUAAGGCGAAACAAUUGGAGAUACUCAAGACUGCGUUCUCGGCGACGCCGAAACCUACAAGACAUAUUAGGGAACAACUGGCCAAGGAGACUGGUCUGCCAAUGAGAGUGAUACAGGUUUGGUUUCAAAACAAAAGAAGUAAAGAGCGUAGGCUGAAGCAAUUAACGACAAUGGGUAGAAGUCCUUUCUUCAAUGGCUCGAGAAAAAUGAGGGGCUUUCCGCUCAACCUAAAUCACGGGGCGUUGGGAGGCGAAGAUGGACCACCACCGGGUUUUCCGUACUUCCCUGGCGAGAAAUUCGCUGACUUCCCUUAUGGUGGUCCAGUUGCCUUUCACCAUGAGUUUUUCGGAGCGCAUCCACCACCACAUCCGCAUGGACCACCGUUUCCUGGCCCAGGAAACCCUGUUCCCAAUCUGUUUGUAACAGGUUUGGAUCCAGCCAGUAUAGCAGGAAUGGCGGCGGCAGCAGCAGUGGCAGGUGAAUAUCCACCUCCAGGAGCUGCUGGUGGUCCUCCCGAAUUCCUGACAGGGCCUCCAGGUCAAGGACCUCAACCAACCUCAGGUGGAAGCCCUGGAGAGUUCCUAGCGCCGUCAGGUGGCGGACAGGGUAAUCCCAGUGGGGGCGCAAAUUGUGGCGGUCCUGGUGGCGGUGGAGGCGGAGGUGGCGGUGGUUUUCCCGAGCAACACCAGAUGCAGAACGAGGGCCUCGUCUGGUAGAACGAGUUUACGUUUAAUUAAUCAUGUGGCCUCUUCUUUUGCUACCAAACCCGACGUUGCACGUACCAUCUGAAACCACUCGUAAGCGUCCAGAUGAUAAUUUAAAUAAAAUAAAACAAAGUAAAUAAAUUUUAAAUGGAAUAAGGAGUGUUAGACAAUUGAGUCUAAAAACUAUAAAAGUGAAUUCGUCCCGGUAAAACAAGUUUUACAUUUUUGUUUUGUAUUAUAUAAAAUUAUUGCAAUUUUUAUUGAUUUUAUUGAUUAAUAUUAUUACCUAUUUACUGAUGAUUUAUUUCAGUCAGUUGUGACGAAAAUAAUUCGUAGUUAUUUGAUAUUAUUUUAUUAAUCGUCACAGGUACUUGGCAAUAUUCAUUAUUAUUAUUGUAUUAAUGAAAAAGAAAUUAUUAUGAUUGUGUAUAAAAUCAGAUGAAUGAAAUCCCUGAUCGUGUAAUAUGUACCCCCCCCCCUUGUUGAUUAUAAUUAAUCGUUAAUUAUGGCGACAUUCUGUAGAUAAAAUGAAAAAUCAAUCGCUUUGUCUCGCACGUGCAAUAAUUGUGAAAAUUGCACGAGGGAUGAGAGAUAAACUAAAAAUCUAAAGAUUUACACUGACACACAGACACGCAUGAAUUUAACUCAGUAAUGAGGAUAAAAAGAACAUUGUACUAAUUGUCAUUUUAAUUAUAAAUACUAAAAAGUUUUAAUGAUAGGACGUGUAACGAGUAACUGUUGAGACGGCUAUCGAUGUAAAUAUUAAAAUAUAUGGCAGAUAUAAUUGAUUAUUUGGGGAGAGCAAGGGAGUUUGUGAAUGGAGAAAGAAUAAAGAAUUAUAUAUAUUGAAAACAAA